GAGCAGUGAUGAUGAUGAUGAUGAUGAUGACGACGACGACGACAGUUGGCCCUUUGGUGGCGGCUGCCUGCUAGCGGAAGAACGGAGCGAGAGGAGCGCAGGGACGAGCGUCCAGGACUACUUCAGCGAGAAGGGCAGCAAGUAACAGGGGAAGAGCGCGGGAGUGUACCGAGGAGAGGGAGAGGGGCGAGCGGCUGAGAACAGUCGAUGGAUGCUGUCCGGAUCGAAGGGGCAGCACGUUCUUCACUGACGAGGAAAGGAAAGAUUUCAAAAUUGAGUCGAAGGAUAGAAACUCGCCGUCAGGCAUGGUGUGUGAGAAGGGGAUCCAGAUCCUCCUCACCACCGUGGGGGCAUUCGCUGCCUUCGGCCUGAUGACGGUGGCCAUAGGGACGGACUACUGGCUGUACUCCCGCGCCCUCAUCUGCAACAGCACAGCCAACGUCACCCAGGACGACCCCCACAACAAGGACAAGAAGGACCCGGGGGCGCUCACCCACUCCGGACUCUGGAGGAUCUGCUGCCUGGAAGGAGUGAAGCGAGGAGUGUGUUCACAGAUCAACCACUUCCCAGAGGACGCAGACUUUGACCACGACGGGGCAGAGUACGUCCUACGCGUGGUGAGAGCGUCCAACAUCUUCCCCAUCCUCAGCGCCAUCCUGCUGCUGCUGGGAGGAGUUUGCAUCGCCGCCAGUCGCUUCUACAAGAGCAAGCGCAACAUCAUCCUGGGAGCCGGCAUCCUCUUCGUGGCUGCAGGUUUGAGCAACAUUAUUGGCGUGAUCGUGUACAUCUCGGCGGCGCUGGGUGACAUCUCUCCAAAGAAGGACGAGGACAAGAAGUGGCAGUACUCCUACGGCUGGUCCUUCUACUUCGGGGGCCUGUCCUUCAUCAUGGCGGAGAUGGUGGGCGUGCUGGCGGUCAACAUCUACAUCGAGAAGAACAAGGAGCUGCGCUGCCGCUCGCGCACCGACAUCUUCAAGAGCACUACGCACGCCAUGCUGCGCCUGCCCAGCUACCGCUUCCGCCGCCGGUCCCGCUCCUCGUCGCGCUCCACCGACCCCUCCCGCUCCCGAGACCCUUCGCCGGUCGGGGUCGGCGUGGGGAAGAACUUCGGCUUACCGCCAUCGGCGCUGCUCUCCCAAGGGCCCAUCUCGGUGUCCACGCUGCCCAACCCGCACUCGCGCUCCCACGCCGCCCUGGCAGGGGGCGAUAUCUCCCUCUACACGCUCUCCCGAGACCCCAAACUUGGGGGUCUCCCGCCCAUGUACGGGACAGUGGAUCGGGCCACCCUCUACCAGCUCCACAACUGCUUCCCUAAGGACGGCGGCGGCGGUGGCGGCGGAGGGGGUGUGAUGAUGAGCGGCACGCUCCCCUCGCUUAAGUCCCACAACCCGUCCAACUCUUCCAACUCCAACGUGCCCAUGUCCAACUCGGUGGGCUCCGGACCACCGCCCUUCACCUCGUCCACGGUCGACCGGGAGAGAGGGAUGGGGACUCUGGACCGGCUGAAAGGGGAGCGGGAGAGCAAUUCCAACACCCUCAAUAGGAAGACCACACCGGUCUAGUGGGUCCGGGGGAUGAUGUUCACAAGAUGAGUAAUAAUAAUAACAACAACAACAAAACUAUUUUGAUAUCCUCACCUGCUAGAAAUGAUUUAUUUUGUUAACGAUCAACAUGCAAACUAACCUCGGGCUACUACGAAAUUGUCGUGCAAUAUUUCCGCUAACUUACCUUUGCCAGCAUCGAUUGUUGUUGUGAUUAUUCUUUGCGUCAUGACUCGGGAUGGGCAUAGUCCUAAAUCCACAUACCCAGUUCCAAGCCAAAAAUUCAUAAAAUUUGUUCACAAAUAUCCCAGAUUACCCAGAGUUCCCAGUUUUCCGAGACAUGUUUCCCUUUGGAAAUGAAUUUGCACAACUCCUACAUUUCUCAACCGAUACGAACCGUUCCACCGUCCAGACUCUCCACUCAAUCAAACUAACGUUUUACUGAAUUUAAAAAAAAUUCCAGAAAUUCCCAGUUUUCCAAAGCCCUUUUUGACCUCGUUCUCUUUCCACAGCCCAUGUUCUUCAACUGUUUUUGGCCGUUCCACCCUCAGAACAUUCCUCUUAGUCGGCACAAAAUGUUAUAAUGUUUCUAAUCGUACGAAAUCCCGAUUUACCAGGAAUUCAGAAGCUUUUCGUAAGCUCAUGAAAAAGAAAAUGUUCAUAAAUAUCCCAGAUUACCCAGAGUUCCCAGUUUUCCGAGACAUGUUUCCCUUUGGAAAUGAAUUUGCACAACUCCUACAUUUCUCAACCGAUACGAACCGUUCCACCGUCCAGACUCUCCACUCAAUCAAACUAACGUUUUACUGAAUUAAAAAAAAAUUCCAGGAAUUCCCAGUUUUCCAAAGCCCUUUUUGACAUCGUUCUCUUUCCACAGCCCAUGUUCUUCAACUGUUUUUGGCCGUUCCACCCUCAGAACAUUCCUCUUAAUCGGCACAAAAAGUUAUAAUGUUUCUUCUCGUACGAAAUCCCGAUUUACCAGGAAUUCAGAAGCUUUUCGUAAGCUCAUGACAAAGAAAAUGUUCACAAAUAUCCCAGAUUACCCAGAGUUCCCAGUUUUCCGAGACAUGUUUCCCUUUGGAAAUGAAUUUGCACAACUCCUACAUUUCUCAACCGAUACGAACCGUUCCACCGUCCAGACUCUCCACUCAAUCAAACUAACGUUUUACCGAAUUAAAAAAAAAUUCCAGGAAUUCCCAGUUUUCCAAAGCCCUUUUUGACCUCGUUCUCUUUCCACAGCCCAUGUUCUUCAACCGUUUUUGGCCGUUCCACCCUCAGAACAUUCCUCUUCGUCAGCACAAAAACUUAUAAUGUUUCUUCUCGUACGAAUUUCCGAUUUACCAGGAAUUCAGAGGCUUUUCGUAAGCUCAUGAAAAAGAAAAUGUUCACAAAUAUCCCAGAUUACCCAGAGUUCCCAGUUUUCCGAGACAUGUUUCCCUUUGGAAAUGAAUUUGCACAACUCCUACAUUUCUCAACCGAUACGAACCGUUCCACCGUCUACACUCUCCAUUCAAUCAAACUAACGUUUUACCAAAUAAAAUAAAAAAAUUCCAGGAAUUCCCAGUUUUCCAAAGCCCUUUUUGACCUCAUUCUCUUUCCACAGUCCACGUUCUUCUACCAUUUUUGGCCGUUCCACCCUCAGAACAUUCCUCUUAGUCUGCACAAAAAAAGUUAUAAUGUUUCUUCUCGUACGAAUUCCCGAUUUACCAGGAAUUUAAAAGCUCUUUGUAAACUCAUGAAAAAGAAAAUGUUCACAAAUAUUCCAGAUUACCCAGAGUUCCCAGUUUUACGAGACAUGUUUCCCUUUGGAAAUGAAUUUGCAGAACUCCUACAUUUCUCAACCGAUUCGAACCGUUCCACCGUCCAGACUCUCCACUCAA